GAGGCUACCUUCCGAAGCCUCUCAUCAUGGUCCCUCCACUCUAUACCACAGCAUCUGGCCUCUUAUUCCAUGCUGGAAAAAUUCUUGUCAUCACGGUGGGGUUGCCUGCUCGGGGAAAGACUCACAUCUCGAGAGCCUUGGAACGCUAUCUUCGCUGGGCUGGAGUCAAGACGCAAGUUAUAUCUCUAGGGGAUUACCGCAGGAAGACCAUCGGAGGCGCACAGAAGCUACCGCCUGACUACUUCACUCUUGGAGAGAAGAGCCCGGAGACGGUAGCGCUGAGGGAGCGGGUGCAGGCGGGUUGCGAGCAGAUGAUCUGGGAGUUCUUCAAUGGCGGAGGCCAGGUGGUAAUAUACGACGCCAAUAACGGGACGCAGGCACAACGACAACGACUAGCGGAGAAGUUCAAUAAGGAUGAAAUACAUGUUGUCAUGUUAGAGUCCAUGUGUGACGAUAAUACGAUCAUCGAGCGUAACAUCCGAAGCGUCAAGAUCUCCUCUCCAGAUUACAAAGGUUGGGAUCCAGACAAGGCGGUCAAAGACUAUUAUGGACGCAUCAGGGAUCACGAAAAACAUUAUGAGACAGUCGAAGAACUCACAUGGCCUUUCAUCCGGAUCAUCAAUGUUGGAGAAAAGAUAAUGGUUAAUAACAUUCGAGGGUACCUCCAAUCCAGAAUAGUAUUCUUCCUGAUGAACAUUCAUAACAAAUACCGAACCAUCUACUUCGCACGAUCGGGCCAUUCCCUCAUCGAGCAUUCCUACAAGGCGGAUGCAGAUCUGUCACCAGCUGGAUGGGAAUACGCGGAACGUUUGAAGGAUUUUGUUCUCGACCGUCGCGCAAAGUCGCUGGAGCAGAGAGGUAUUCAUCCGAAGGAUAGCCGUCUUGUAAUCUGGACCUCCGCUCGACGCCGCGCGCAUCACACCGCGUGGCCUUUCCUUGCCGCUGCGGAACGCAAAGGGCCCGGCGGCGCCCAGCUCAAUGUCAAAGUGAUUGAAAAACCGCAGAUGUCUGAAAUCAAUCCCGGCGUCUGGGAUGGGCUGACACCCGAUCAGGCGCGGAAAUAUUAUCCCGAGGAGUGGGAGCGCUUUUCCAAGGACCCAUAUGCGUUUAGAGCACCGCGUGCUGAGAGCUACCAUGAUCUCAGUGUUCGACUGGAACCAACACUCAUCGAACUCGAGCGUGAGCAGGAAGAUCUCCUGAUUAUUGGACACGCAUCGGUCAUCCGCUGUCUCCUCGCCUAUCUCAUUGGCCUGCCGGCUUCAGAGAUACCUGCCAUAGAGAUUGCUCGCGGCGACCUUCUGGAGGUCGUACCGGCCUCGUACGGCGUGCAUAGCCAAGCAUAUCAUUUCUGGGAUGGUCAUGGAAGGAAGCACGGGAACGAGAAUGUGGCAUCGACGAGCGGCAGCGAGAACAACUUCUACGAAAACUACGCCGAAGAUACGCAAGGCAAGCGAAGAGUUGGGUACGAAGAGCAGAAGUGAAGGCCUCGAGUUCAAGGAAAUAUGUUACGACAUCGACGCUGUUGUAUUCUAUGUUUGUUGUAGACAUGUGUAACGUUAACAUCGCAACUCAAACUCUCAGAGCUCAUUUGUACUGGCU